AUGGAUCCCAUGUCCUCUCAUAUUAUUCUUACAUUUUACCGCAAUCUACAACGAAAUAUCUUUUUGGUUCCAUUGGAUAAUCUCGCCAAGCAGCGACUCUCCAAUUAUGUACACUGCAAAUUUCAGGCACCAAAUAAAGAUAUACCCUUAUAUAAACGGCUAGAGGCAGGACAAGAACUUGAGAAAUUGCUAGCAGGAGUAAAAACGAAAGGUGAUUACAAUUGCGUCAAGAAAUUGCUUAAUGUGGCAUUCAUCGAUUCACAGCCCAUCAAAUCCAGACUCCCCAACUGGCUCUAUCAAUUUGUUCAUGCUCGCAGUAUAGGAAGACGUAAUCGAGUAUUUCUCCACCACAAAUACUCGGAUAUUUUAAAGACGAAGCAUCUUAUAGAUAAGUUCAAGUCGAAUAAACCUUUGCUUUCGAGUUAUUACGCUCAAUUGGCCAAAAAUCAGUUCGAGUCCUCCCCUGACAAUCAAUCUAUAACACAGAUCAUCGAUGGAGAAAUGCCAGAUUUUUCGUCUAAUAAGGCAGGAGAGACUAAGACUAAUGCAGAAGAAAUCAAACUCCUUCUAAAGCUUCGAUCAGAGUACAAAACAAAAAUACAAACCAAAACGAAGAGGCCUUCUUUCGAGGUGGAAAUCCUGCCCAGUCGUUUCGGUCAGCCAUUGACUAGAGCUCGUUUGUUCAAUUUGGUUGUCAAUCGUAUCGUCAAGAUCCAAACAUAUUUCAAAAAAUAUUCCCCCGUCUCCCUACAAGAUCUGGAUUACCUUAAUCGAUUGGAAAAAUCCAACUUCUUGCUUCAAAAUGCAUCUGUUCAGAGAGGAUACAACGAAUUCAUCCGAUCCUCUUUUGCCAUUGCCGAGGAUGCCACAGUAAUGCUUCCAGAUCUCAAUAUGCGCAUAUUUCCCGCUUCAAAUAGGCUAAUACAAUAUUAUAAUGAAGUUUAA